UCAUAUGCCGCGGACUUCAAAUUCCUGACCUGGCCUCCGUAGUUCUUCCACCUUCACUAGGAGAUUUCCUUUGCAACUUAAAUCGCAAGAAUUCUCGAAUCACGUACAAGUAAUCUUAGAGCCUUGAAGCCAGUGGCUACUGCUAUGGACACCAAUGUCUCCACUCAAUCAACUGAUUCGGACACUGCGAUGGAGCUCAGGGACUUCAUUGCGAAGUUGAUGCAAAGUUCCGACCUCGAAUCCGUUGCUUCUGAGAUCGACGUUCUCCAGUCCAUAUACGGAGACCAUGCUAUCCACCUAUACCGUUCAUCGCCCGGAAGCCCUAGAAGCGGCAUUCCCAAUCACUCAUCUAGCAAUGCUUCAGGCGCCAUCCGUUACGAAAUUUCGCUCAAUCUGCCAUCCCACGAAGAUAUUUCCAUACGUAUACUGGUCUCAAUUCCCCCAACAUACCCCGCCUCAAACCCCCCUCAACUCCAGCUCCUCUCCCGUUAUAUCGGCGCUUUUGGUGUCGACUCCUCGCUUUUUGGAUCUAUACUGCGCACGUUCAUAUCUGUCUCGGGAGUGGAAUGGACGCCGGAAAGUGUCUGCGUUUUUGAUGGACUACAAAAUGUGCUGGAGCGGUGCGAAGCAUGGUAUGAAGAUAAACUCAACAGGGAGACGGCUGGAGAAUUACUCAGAGAGGAUGCACAUACCCACAACCAUGUCUCGGUCGAACCCGAUGAGCCUUUUGCAUCAUCAAUUGCUGACGAAAAGGACCGAGUACCUCUCGACACUGCUUUACCGGAAGGAAUCAAAAUCGUUGAAGCGGAACCUAUUGUGGACAGAAAAAGUGUUUUCAUUGGCCGUGCAUGUCGAAUAUCUGAUCCCUCGCAGGUACCACUCAUUUUGAAUAAUCUCAUGUCGGAACGCCAUAUUUCUCGCGCUGCUCACCCAAUCAUCAAUGCCUGGCGUUGCCAGGUGGGUAGUGUGCUUCACCAGGAUAAUGAUGACGAUGGGGAAACUGCAGCAGGUAGUCGAUUGGCCCACUUGCUUUCCAUCUUAGAAAUCAAUAACGUCCUCGUUGUUGUGACCCGGUGGUUUGGUGGAAUACAUUUAGGUCCUGAUCGUUUCAAACAUAUCAAUCAUGCUGCACGCAACGCACUAGAGCUUGGCGGCUUCUUAGAACAAACGGACGAAUCAAGGGGUGGUGGGCGAAACGCAGGAAAGGGGCGAAAACGAUAACACAAUUGUACUUAUUCUGGAUACCGCUAUGCUGAGCACCUUCAUCACGUUUUUAUCGACAUUUGAAUCAAGUACAGGGAAAGACGAUGGUUUCAUUUAUUAGGUUACCCUGGAACUCCUCCGCUCCAUCUAAUGGCCUACUUGCGCAAGGAGUUCGUUUGUUGAAUUCUAUCCAAGUUCUACCAUGGCCACAGCCAAGUCAUCGGAUAGCCAUCUUUCAAUCACACACGAAUAGUACCAUAUUGGUUAGCGACAUUCAGCUAGCUAGUACAUGCCAUGUUCUCGACGCUUGCAAAGGCUGCAGUAUGCGGCAUUGUACAGAAGGAGCGAUAUCUAGAGAUCACAUCACAAGUCAGCUGCUGUGAACCUCUGGUUGCCUUCGGCUAAUCUCCACGAGAGGGUCGUAGGUCUGGUAUGUCGUGGACUCAAUCCCCGACCGAGGAUAUUG